UUACACAGACCUUCGGUGGGUGUUGUUUCGUGUGCAGACACAAUGGCGUGUUCCUGUGAGCACGUGAGGCUACUGCUUGUCCUGGUCGCCUGUGCUUGCGUCCAGGCAGCUUCCGUCGCCAAGCCAGGAACCUCCGGAGACGGGACGCCCCUGAAGGACAAGUUCGAGUUCAAGCACCACAAUAACGACGAAGUGGAACAGGUCCUGAAGGAGACGGCGGAGAGGUGCAAGGACGUGGCUCGCCUCUACGCCCUCAGCGAGCCUUCUGUGAGGAACGUCCCUCUGUGGGUUAUCGAGUUCUCGGAUAAUCCCGGACAGCAUGAGCUCAUGGAACCGGAAUUCAAGUACGUGGCCAACAUGCACGGCAACGAAGUCCUAGGGCGCGAGCUGCUCCUUGCCCUCGCCCACCACCUGUGCCAGGGAUGGAGGGACGGCGACCAGGAAAUCAAGGACCUCCUGACGACGACGAGGAUCCACCUGCUGCCUUCCAUGAACCCCGACGGGUGGCAGCUCUCGACCGAUACGGGCGGGAAGGACUACCUCCGUGGCCGCUCCAACAACAACAGCGUCGACCUCAACAGGGACUUCCCCGACCUCGACCGCAUCAUGUACUCGAACGAAGCGCGACAUAACAGUUAUAACAACCACCUCAUGGCGCAGCUCAAGAGGCUAGAUCACCAGCCCCAGCCGGAGACCCUCGCCGUCAUGAAGUGGAUCGUGAACACGCCCUUCGUGCUCUCCGCUAACUUCCACGGCGGAGAUCUCGUGGCCAACUACCCUUACGACGCCUCUCGCUCGGGCGCCGCUCAGGAGUACGCUCGUAGCCCCGACGAUGAGACUUUCCGUCACCUCGCCGAAGUCUACGCCCAACACCACCCUCGCAUGGCCGAUCCCCAACGCCCAUCCUGCAGUCCCGGCGAAUACUCCUUCGGGCGUGACGGCGGAGUGACCAACGGGGCCGCCUGGUACUCCGUGAGUGGCGGCAUGCAAGACUUCAACUACCUGUCUUCUAACGACCUCGAAGUGACGCUGGAAAUUGGCUGCAACAAGUACCCCCCUUCGACGGCCCUCUAUCAGGAGUGGUUAGACAACAAGGAUGCUAUGAUGGAAUACAUGUGGCAGACUCACAUGGGCGUGAAGGGCGUGGUCAGGGACUCGCUAACCGGCCAGGGGGUCCCUAAUGUAGUCAUCCACGUCAAAAACGUCACCCGCGUCAACGACACGCACGUGAGGGACGACCACAUCAACCAUGACGUCACUUCCGUACACGAGGGUGACUACUGGCGUCUGCUCACUCCGGGGACCUACGAACUCACAGCAGAGGCCGAGGGUUACCUGCCUCUCACCCACACAGUCACGGUGACCAACCCUCUCCAUGCUGAAGCCUUAAGGAGGGACUUCGAUCUCACGCCGAUUCCCGAGGCCAUGGUUCCUCAGGCGCAGGAUAUCUACGAGGACUACCCAAUGCCCCAAGAGGAGCUGCCCCUCGAGGAAGAGAUUCUAGGACGACUCCGAAGCUUCAACCGCCUCCGUUACUGAAGCUCCGAAGCUCCGGAACGCGAGUCAUACAACACCCAGAGAAUGAACCACUUUUAAACCAUUGUAUUUUGUUCCGCCAUUUGUCGGAAUCUAAAUCUUUAUUUUGUCUGUCGAAUAUCAAAAUCGUUGGUUAAGUGACACUGAUUAGUUGGCUGGUUGGUUUUCUUGAUUUAAUUAAUUGUUAUUUAAAGCGGCAAUUUUGUCUUGGAUAUCUUAACCUCUGGGAUUUAUGUGUCUCAUUAAUUCGGUCUCAAGUCCCUUAACAUCUGCGGGAUAAAUGAAUUAAACCAUAUUUACUGAAUUGAAUUCAAUUGUUUAUCGACCGUUUGUGAGAUACACGUGUUUUGAUUGGCUGAUUUACAUAAAGGGUAAAACCUUAUUUUAUCUCGGUUUCUCAGCAUCACCGGUUAGAGUAAUUCAUAAUUUAUUUAAAUACUUCAGAUAUCGGUUUUCUAUCGUUAGUUGAAUUCGGGUGAAUGAUAUAAUAAUGAUUUUUUUUCGAGAUACGAACCAGCCACCUCAUCAUAACUCCAUCUCUUAAAUUUUUGGCGGUUAUUGGAUUCUGUAAUUAAUUCCUUAUUCUCAUUCAUAUUCUUUAUACUACUGAUGACUUUUAUUUAUUUAACAGCCGCCUAUCACUCAUGAUUUGUGCUUUGAUUGAUAAUGCUUUGCCAUUACCCAGGGGUCCUGUCUCUGGAUGUGUGUGGUUUGGGUUAAUUUCCAUAAAUAUAUAACUGACAAUAUCACUCAUAUUUGCGGUUGUCACUAUGAGGUCUGUUUUAUCAGUAUAGGCUUUUAAUGAGAAUGUAUAUAAAGAUUAUAUGAACAUCUAUGGCAGAGACAUGAAGGAAUCUAACUUAAUAUUCUCAUAUAGUAAACACAAUGGGCUAUAUAAUAUCUCUGCAAGGUCAGAUUUAACCGUACUGUAAGAUUUAAAAUACUAACGAUUAAUCCAAUUAUAACACACGGUUUCCAUAUUUCUCCAUAUAACCUAUUAUAUUUUUGUAACAUUAUCUGGUUUGAACAAGGCAUGUUAAGUCGAUACAAUACAAGGCCCAGUUAGUCGAAAAAGGAUUAUAUAUGAUAAUAUUCAGUCGCGAAUUACAUAUGAAAAAAGUCAACCUUUCCUUGCUCUGUUAAAAAAUCAGACGAAUAAGAUAUUAAUAUGUAAAUAUUAAUAUUUAAAAUUCUCAAGGAACGAUUUUGUUGAGCAGGUGCAUUACUUCGAUCAAAAGAAGCACAGUAUUAGAGUUACAGAUUUUUUUUUUCAUAUGAAUACCAUAUGUCUUGUAUUUAUCAUGAUCGAAUAUGUGUUAAAAAUAAGUUUUUGCUUUGUAAACAUUGUCGAAAAAUGAGGCGAAGAUACUUAAAAGGGAACUUUGGAUCCACGGCAACCAAAGACAAUAUUAUCAAGUUACGGAGAAUGGAAACAGUUAUGACGUUGCUUCAUCUUCACAUUUCUGUGGAAAAGAUUGUCCCUAUAUUAGUCAGCAUUAUUGAGUCAUAUACUGUUACUUAUAUGGUUGUUUAUAUAUGUACACAUAUAUAUGUACGUAUGUAUAUAUGUAUGUAUGUAUGUAUGUAUGUAUGUAUAUGUAUGUAUGUAUGCAUAUAUAAAUGUACAUAUAUCCAUAUAUAAACAUUCUACAUUAAAAAAAUCAAGAAAAAAUAUCACUAUUUUUUUGUACUUCAAGAACAACAGCAACAAAACUACCUAGUAAAAAACUACCAUCUGUCCAUCAUCAUUACUACUUAUAAAUCAUACUACUAAUUUAAUACUUACACCGACAGGCUCACAAACACCUGUAAAACAUGUGUAAAUAUACUUCGGAAACACAGGCAUGACAAGCAGAUUUAGAGGGGCAUUGUAAUGACGAAACUUACGAAAUCUGUUGCUUGAGGUUUAAUAAUGUUUUCGAAGAUAAAAUAACACUAUUUUUUUUUCAUCAUUUUUAUUAUGUGGUUAGUGUUGGAAUUGCUAUGAUUGUGAUAUUUUUUAU